GUCCGUGUCACCCCUGUUCAGCGGUCGAUUUUUCGAACGUGGCAGCUUUGAAGUGCUCCCGCGCACCUUGGGACUUUAAUGUGGGCACUUAGCGAACUGGCUGAUCUGGCGCUACCAGUUCGAGGAACCCAUAGCCAUCUACGGAUCCAAUUCAACCCUCCCGACCGCCGACAGCCGACGACCAAAGGAAGACGAGCGCGAGUCGAUUGCCUCCGAUACAGUCUACGGCCCAGCUUCUUCUGUUCCGCCAAUUUGGGAUCCGCAUACCGGCUUCCACCAUGAGGCCUUUCAUCCCCCUGCUCUCGCUGAGCGCUGUUGCGCAGGCGCUCUACUUCUACAUCGACGGCACCUCGCCUAAGUGCUUCUUCGAGGAGCUCCCCAAGGACACGCUCGUUGUUGGCCACUACACUGCCGAGGAGUGGGAUGACCGGAUCAACCAGUGGGCCAAGCACGAUGGCCUCAGCAUCUACAUCUCCGUCGAUGAAACCUUCGACAACGACCACCGCGUAGUCUCCCAGCGUGGCCAGGCAUCCGGCCGCUUCACCUUCACGGCUGCUGACGCCGGCGACCACAUGAUCUGCUUCACCCCAUCCUCCACCUCUGGCCGCGCCGGCUGGCUCUCGCUCCACUCCCACAACGGCGGCAUUCGCCUCACGCUCGACCUCGCUAUCGGCGAGAGCAGCGAGAUCGAAAGCUCUGACAAGAACAAGCUCGAAGACAUCGCAACCCGCGUCAAGGACCUGAACGCUCGCCUGCAAGAUAUCCGCAGAGAGCAAGUUUUCCAGCGUGAGCGCGAGGCCGAGUUCAGAGACCAGUCCGAAUCUACCAACGCCCGUGUCAUCAGGUGGAUGCUCAUCCAGCUCGUCGUUCUCGCUGUUACCUGCACCUGGCAGUUGUCGCAUCUGCGGUCCUUCUUCAUCAAGCAGAAGCUCACGUAAAGGACUGGGGAGAAAGAAGAGAGCGUUCCAGGGGAGGGUAACUCAGGCAUCGAGCUAGGAUGAUCAAUUGAUCUGGGAUGCUUCAUUCUUGGGGGGAAGCGAACUCCUGUCCUGCUCGAUGUUUCUGGCUGCUGGUUCGAGGCCGGAAUUUGACUUGUAAUGAUAUACACACUGUCUGUAGCUACGAGAGCGGAGCUUGGUCAAUGAAGCAUACGUCUGAAAGAUUAGGACCUACAGCCCUUCGUACUGAGAGCAGUAUUGGGUAGUCUUGUUAUGUGAAUGCACCGCAU